AUGCGGCCAUCGUCAUUAGUCAAGUACCUUCACGUUGGUUCCGAUGGAAGCGGCCACAAGUAUGCUUGGUCUGAGAGCGCUGAGAGCUGGCCCGGGACCGCGUCAGCAUCGUCACCAUCAAUGAGCGAGGCACAAGGGAGACGAGCUGCUCAGCGGUUGAACAAAGAGGGGCUGCUUUCCCAUUCCUACCACCAUUCCGUUCCCACCCCUGGCCAGAAACUGACGACUGACGGGGAUCGCGUUGCUGCUCGCCUGGUCAUACAUCUGCAAAGUGCGCCGAACAGAGGCAUGGUACUGCAGACCAAGUACCUGAAGCAUCUUCCCAAGUGUAUGGAGACUUGCCCUGCUCUUCGUGACUCAAUAGACCUAUUCUGUUCAGUUUGGCAUAGGUACCGCCGCGGCGAGAGAACAGACAAUCUUGCACACCUACCAGAAUACGCACGGGCUAUACGGAGUCUCAGGUGUACCUUGGCCCUAGGAGACGAGGGUAUAACUGUUGAAACUCUGGCCUCCAUCACCAUUUUGGGGCGGACCGAGGCGCUGUUUAAUUACAAAAAUAACGGCUCUUCCAUUCAUGAGCUGGGCAUAGCCAGUCUCAAUGAGCGGCUGGGGCCACCAAAAGCUGGAGACGAGCUACAUUCUAGUCUCGUUGCAGAAAACUAUAUUGUGCUAGUUCCCUACUGGAUACGGAGGAAAGAUUGCGAUUUCUUCAUGAACAAAGGGUCCUGGAACACACCCUCAGCGAAUGCAACGGCGGACUUAUUUCAAAACCAGGCUCUCAGACCCCAUACGAAAGCGGCUUUCAAAGCCUCCCAGACGUUAUGCAGCAAACUAGCGUCGUUUUACCGUGACUGUCAUAUCAUCCACUCCAGCGCCGACAGAGACAACCCAAGUGUUAUGUGCUUAGCCCGAAAGCUGAUGGCUGACCUCAGACAGGGGUUUGAUACCAGCACCGAUGUGAAUGACAAACUAUUCAAGAAGGCCAAAGAAUUAGGGGUUGUAACAGAGAUUGAUGAUCCUAGUUCUAUUACCGGAAAAAGCUACCAGAUCGCCGAUGUCAGCUUGUUCCAAAUGAACAUGUGCUGGAUGGCCUCUCAGAUGCUUGUUCUAAAAAUGCUCUUUGACUGCAGCGUCGUUUACCCCGAGUAUGGAGACUCGGCUGCGUUAUGGGUCCUCCUCAGGAAACUGUGUGUCCAUGUCUGGAAAUUCAUACCAGCUCUCUUGGACCUGGAAUCCUUUGUCGCUGUUACAUCGCUGGAUGUAAUCUACCCGACAAUCGAAGCCGCCACGAGGGAAGAGAAGGAAUAUCUUCUGGAUGUCCUUGCUUCCUUGGAUCGAUAUCGGCAGACUCUACCCACGGACAGAAUCUUGCUAGAGAAGGCCAUCAUGUCUUACUCGGCACUCUUUUCAGGACGUCUGUCUCCCCACGCUCCCCUAGACUUCGAGACUUGCAAGUGGUGGAAACAGAAAAAGGCAUACAAAGAUACGGAAGCCCCGCCAACUUUGACUCAUUUUAUGUCUCCGCCACCUGGGGCAAUAUGA